AUGGCAGAAACCUGCCUGCUCCAGACCAGGUGCCCAUUUCCAGACAUAGAGCUCUUUGUGAAGGCUGGCAGUGAUGGGGAAAGUAUUGGAAAUUGCCCAUUCUCUCAGCGUCUCUUUAUGAUUCUGUGGCUAAAAGGUGUCAUAUUUAAUGUCACAACCGUGGAUUUGAAAAGAAAGCCUGCUGACCUGCAGAACCUUGCCCCAGGAACAAACCCGCCCUUCAUGACAUUUGAUGGUGAAGUGAAAACCGAUGUCAAUAAGAUUGAGGAGUUCUUGGAAGAAAAAUUAGCACCGCCCCGGUAUCCUAAACUUGCACCAAACCACCCCGAGUCUAAUUCUGCAGGAAAUGAUGUGUUUGCAAAAUUCUCUGCAUUCAUAAAGAACCCAAGAAAAGAUGCUAAUGAAAAUUUGGAAAAAUCUUUGCUUAAAGCUCUGAGGAAGCUGGACAACUACUUAAAUAGCCCCUUGCCUGAUGAAAUUGAUGCUUACAGCACCGAGGAGAUCACUGUUUCCAGCCGGAAAUUCCUGGAUGGAGAUGAGCUCACCUUAGCGGAUUGCAACCUCCUACCAAAGCUCCAUAUAAUCAAGGUUGUUGCAAAAAAAUAUAGAAAUUUUGAUUUUCCACCUGAAAUGACAGGGAUUUCAAGAUACUUGAACAAUGCAUAUGCAAGAGAUGAAUUCACAAACACUUGUCCUGCUGAUCAAGAAAUUGAGUAUGCUUAUUUGGAUGUUGCAAAGAGAAUGAAAUAACCAGAAGAUGCCUCCAUUCUUUCUUGCUUCUGAGAUUUAGAUGGAAAAAGAGCCAAGAUGGAAAAAAAGAAAAACCCAGCGUACAUUUUGCAGUGUAAUUUGAAUUUCUGCUAUUGGCCAAUCCUUCUUUUAUAAUGAUUGUAGCAUUAUUUGCUCAUUCUUAAAUUAUGUAUAUGUACGUUUGUGUGUCUGUACGGAUGCCUGCACACAUGAAUGUCUGUUGUGCAUUCCAAGUUAGAGGGAUCAGUCAAUAUUGAAGCAUU